AUGGCGUCGGUGGGUAAAGUAUUGGCCACAAUAAAAGCUGUCAUCACUCGUUUGGUGUUCGCGUGUCAUGGAAUAAUAGCAAUUUGGCAAGUCACCGUUUUUAAAAAUAACAAUGAAUAUUGGUACUUGGCGUCGCCGAUUCUCCUGUUGAUUUUCGAAGGCAUCUUCACGCUAACGGUCAAAAAGAAUCAAGAGUGGAAAUGGUUCUGUCCGUCGGUGUUCAUCUACCUAGUCCUGGUGGUUCCAGCAAUAUGGUUGCUGGAGUUGCACAAGGUCGAUCUUCGGUUGCAGAAGAAGGCAAACAUAACAUACAUCGAGGUAAACAUAGUAUGUACAGCCGCGGAUAUAAUCGAAUUCUUCGAUUCAUUCAAAGAUGAGAAGGUGGCUACUGAAAAGGUCCUGGUCCUCCUCACACUGGCCAUCUGGUCAUGGUCGCUGGUCCAGUUCACGGUCGUUUUGACAGCGACCAAAUCGAGGAAGUCCCGUGGCACGGCAAAUAGGUCUGACAUGAACUCCAGCCGCGCGUGUUGUUGCUCCAUCGAAGUCUGCGCAAUAAUGAUGAACAUCGUCCUUCAAGACGCACCAUUUUUGGCAUUUCGACUUCUCAUCAUUGCGCAUUACAAGAUUAUCAACUAUAUGAAUAUAUUCUUCACAUGUAAAAAUACAUUGGUUAUAUUACUGCAAAUAUAUAGACUAUAUGUGCUACAUUUGGAGAAGACUGAGGAUACUAACGGGGACUCGGUUUAUAGGAAGAGGAAGAAGCCCAAGACGAGUGAGAAGAAGGAGAGACGCAGAGAGAGGAAACAAAAGGAAAAGAGUCACCGAAGAAAGAAUAUGACAGAAGAAACAUCUAUAGCUGUCAUAAGUGAUAGAAAACAGGACAGAAUUGACGGCGGCCGGAUAAGGGCCAUAAUAUUGACAAAUUCAGAUGAAAUCAAAGAGUUGGAAUUGACUAAACUAUUCAAGGAUCAAGUGACAGUUGAAAAUGAGAAGAAGAAAGGAACAAAGAAGAAGCAGAAAACCCAAUCCUCCGAAGAGUCUCUGAACAACAUUCAACACACAACAGACGAUUCGGGUAUUUGA